AGGAGAGAAGACAGCUGCGGAGGUGGAACCGCAGCCCGCGUCCUGCAGAUUUCAUCUGGACCAGGAGAAGGUCAACCUCUUCAGGGCGCUGCAGAUCUUGGAAGAGAAGCCGCAGCAGGUGCGUGAGAAGUUCGACCUCGUGCCGGUGGCGCGGCCGCCUGCGAAGCGGCCUCGCAUCGCAGGCCCCUCACCAGGUGGCAACGCGCUGCAGCUCGAUGAGUUUAUCCAGGUCUUCAAGGACCUCACCAGCAAAGAGGUCACCAAGGAUGAGCUGCUGAAGAUGCUCGCACUUCGCGCCUAUGUGGACGAGUUCGAGGGCACCAUCCACGCCUUGGACGCGUCCAUGCUGCCGCGGGACCCGGAGGAGCGCCUGGAUCGCCUCUUCGAGCUUCAGAGCCACUGGCGGCCUGAGCGCCUUUGCAGCCUCCUGACACCCUCCUUGAAGGAGACGAAGGUGGAGGCGUGGUUGCUGAAGCGUGUGCGUCAGGUCUUCAUUGAGUUGAAUCCGGGGGAGGAGGUCAGAAUGAUGACCAAGAAGUUUGCGUGAGCCGCUGGGGAACUCGCAGCUGCGAGAGCGGCGCAG